AUGAGCGCUUAUCAAUUUGAUGCUAAAACAUGUAAGGAGUGUCAUCCGGAAUGCCGUACUUGCUCAGGACCCGGUGCUGAACAUUGUGAUGAAUGCGUUCAUGUAAAGGAUGAACAGCGUUGUGUUACUGUAUGUCCUGAUAAUAAGUAUUCAGAUUAUGGCAUAUGUCGACCGUGUCAUGAGACCUGUGAGGGUUGCACAGGACCACGAGAUACAAUUGGUCCCGGUGGCUGCAAAACAUGUAAUCUCGCCAUAAUAAACAGUCUUGCGACAGUUGAUCACUGCCUAAUGAAAAAUGAUAAAUGUCCUGUCGGCUAUUAUUUGGAGUAUGUUAAUCCACAAGAACAAGGUGCACUUAAACCACUUGCCGGUAAAACCAUUUGCCGUAAAUGUCAUCCACGUUGCGAAAUCUGCACAGGUUACGGUUUCCAUGAGCAAGUUUGUUCUAAAUGUGCGGGUUAUAAACGCGGUGAACAAUGUGAAGAUGAAUGCCCACCAGAUCAUUUUGCUGAUGAAACUAAUCGCGAAUGUUUCGAAUGUCACUCCGAGUGUAAAGGUUGCACAGGUCCAGGUUCUGAGAAUUGUUUAGCAUGUCGCAGUUUAAAAGUGUUUGGAGGCGGUGAUCCUUAUGAUAAUUCCACAUUAUUUAACUGCACUGCCAAGUGUCCGCAAGAUUACCCAUACGUCAACUAUGUACCGCAGCACAUAGGCCCAUUUUGUUCUGCCAUACCAUCUAAAGGCGCCAAAUUGAUUGCUGGUGUCGACAGCUAUGUUUUUAUAACAAUAGCAUUCGUUACUGUGGCAUCUUUGCUGUGUGUCAUCACUUUCGUUGCCUAUGUGUGCCGGCAAAGAAUCAAAGCCAAAAAAGAAGCUGUUAAAAUGACAAUGGUGUUAUCAGGUUGCGAGGAUUCUGAACCGUUAAGACCAUCAAAUAUUGGUCCUAAUCUAUCGAAGUUGCGUAUUGUGAAAGAUGCAGAACUACGAAAGGGUGGCGUACUUGGCAUGGGCGCAUUUGGGCGUGUAUUUAAAGGUGUUUGGGUACCAGAAGGUGAAAAUGUUAAAAUACCAGUGGCCAUUAAAGAAUUAUUGAAGAGUACUGGUGCAGAAUCAAGUGAAGAAUUUUUACGUGAAGCUUAUAUUAUGGCAUCCGUAGAGCAUCCCAAUUUGUUGAAAUUGUUGGCGGUGUGCAUGACAUCAGAAAUGAUGCUGAUAACGCAACUGAUGCCUUUGGGUUGUUUACUGGAUUAUGUGCGUACAAAUCGUGAUAAAAUUGGUUCAAAGGCUUUGCUUAACUGGACAACACAAAUAGCAAAGGGUAUGGCAUAUUUGGAAGAAAUGCGUUUAGUGCACAGAGAUUUGGCAGCGCGUAAUGUGCUUGUGCAAACGCCAUCUUGCGUUAAAAUAACUGAUUUUGGUUUAGCUAAGUUGUUGAAUAACGAUUCCAAUGAGUACAAAGCAACUGGUGGUAAAAUGCCAAUAAAAUGGCUUGCCUUAGAGUGCAUACGCAAUCGCAUAUUCACCAGUAAAUCAGAUGUAUGGGCGUUUGGUGUCACAAUUUGGGAGUUGUUGACAUUUGGUCAACGUCCACAUGAAAAUAUACCAGCUAGACAAAUACCAGAACUCAUAGAGGGCGGUUUAAAAUUGGAUCAACCCAAAAUUUGUUCGUUAGAUAUUUAUUGCACCUUACUUUCUUGCUGGCAAUUGAAUGCUGAAAUGAGACCCACUUUCAAGCAGUUAGUUAAUGUAUUUGCGGAGUUUGCACGCGAUCCUGAUAGAUAUCUCGUGAUACCCAAUGACAAAUUUACACGUCUACCUUCCUAUACAAGCCAAGAUGAAAAAGACUUAAUACGCAAGUUAGCACCCACUAUGGAUAGUCCAGAGGUUAUGACUGAAACAGAGAAUUAUUUACAACCAAAAGUAGCACCAGCACAACAUCAACACGAAAGCACCGAUGAAAUGCCUAAACUGAAUAGAUACUGUAAAGAUCCUAUGAACAAAAAUUCAAGUGGCGAUGAUGAAACAGACUCCAAUGCACGUGAAGUAGGUGUAGGCAAUUUAAGACUCGAUUUACCUGUAGAUGAAGAUGACUAUCUCAUGCCAACUUGUCAAUCUGAUAGUCCGACAAAUCUGAAUAAUAACAGUAAGAGUGUUAAUAAUAAUGCUGCUGCUGCGGCAAACGCUGGCGGUUACAUGGACCUCAUAGGUGUACCAGCCAGUAUAGAUAAUCCCGAAUAUCUGCUGAACGCGCAAGCACUAAGUGCCGGCAAUGCGCCCAUACCCACACAAACAAUUGGCAUACCAGUGCUGACAGUUUGUAAUGGUGCGCCCACAAUGCUAGACAUAACGGUACCUGGCUCAGAACCAACGAGCUCGGACCACGAAUACUACAAUGAUACCCAAAGAGAAUUGCAACCAUUGCAUAGGAGCGAAACACGCGUGUGAUGUCUACAGCAAACCAUUCAACAGUUACUACACUGCCCAACGAUCUUGCCACAGGAGCUAUCUGAUAGGACUGAUAGUCGCCUCUCACACAAAGUGCCUUAAGACGAACAAGCAUGAGUCAACUUCUCGUUGCAAUAGCAAAUGUAAAUACACAACUGAAGCAUUGAACGAUUGUAUUUAUUAAGCAAUUGUAUUUAUUAAGGAUACACAUAUACGCCUAAGUGCCUGCAAAUGCUAUAAACUGUAAUUUAAGCACACACUCCAAAUCCUGUAUAUUUAAACAGUUUGAUAUAUUUAAACGUUAUUAAUGUUAAGUGUACUUAUAUAUGAGUAAUUUUAAUUUGUAAUUGUGUAUGUAAUUAUGUUGUAUUCUAAAGAAUUGAAAAAUUGUAAUUAAUUUUAGUUUAGUUAGGCGAUAAACUUAGAGUGUAGUAUAUAGUAUCAACUAUGCAUCCUUAGGUCUAAGCUUAGUCAUAUAAGUACGAACUGUGAUAACGUAACAUAAGAUAACAAGCAAACUCGGAAAACAAAAUAUAAUGAACAAAUUUAAUAAUAGACUUUAUUACUAAGCUGCAGCUAAUCAAAUACUUCUUAAUCUUCUUAACUUUAAGCAUAACUUUUUAUAUUGUUAGAUAGGCGAACUAAAAUUGUAAGUUAAAAACUUUAUUAUUUCAUUAAAUAUUAUUUCAAAAUUAAAAUAUAAGACCAAACGAAAAUGUUCUUUUCUAAAGGCUCAGAUAGUCGGUACGUACCGUAAGAACUUAAGUCAAAGCUCAAUGCUUUGAGCUUUCGCCUUGGCUUAAG